UUUGCACUUGGCCAUGAGCUAGAAAGAAAAUAUAAAUAGCACACUGGUUCAAUUUAUAAUAUUUUGUGUGUAUAAUUAAUAAUAACGAGUAUACAUUAUUAUUAUGAUAACUAGAAUCAGUCAAAUUGACAAAUUUCCAACUUUGCUGGAAUUUGUUAAAAAAGGGUGAAUUCUCAAACUUUUUUUAAACAAAUCCACUGCAGUUAUCUAUUCAAUGACGAUAAGUACUCUCGAAUUCAUAUACACAUUAUACGAGAGAACGGUUCCACCCACUUAUACAUUUUUUAUUAUUUAGUUGUACUCUUAUAAAUUAUAAUACAUGUAUACGAUCGUAUUCGGGUAGAUAACUAUAAGGUAUAUUUAUUUCUCAUUUACUGAUAUUUAUUUAAAAAUAGUGCAUUAGGCGUAUUAAGUAUUACGAAAAAAAACUCCAAAAACACAUGUAGCGUAGAUAUUUUAUUAGUAUAAUAAUCUAUCAUUCUGGUGCACCGUGCACUUUUAUUCACACACACCGAUACAAACUUAUAAAAUACUAUUGUGAAAUCAAAUCAUAGGUAAUAUGAUUGUUAUGGCAAUAUGUAUCGCCUGUCUACAUAUUUAAAUAUUUUACAGUCACGAGAUUAACUAGUCGAGUACCUACGUCUUAAUGGCCAAACGGGUGUGGAGCUUUCAAUAUAUUGUUUGUAUAUUCAGUGGUGUUUGAAAAUAUCUUACAGCCCUGAGUGUAAUUCAUUAAGAAGAAAAAUGAUUUUUUACUGUAUCACUAUUUGUUUUAAAAUUUUAUACCAUAAAUGGUAUAGGGUCACAUUUUUUAUUGUGAUCGAAUCUGCAUUAGGUGGCCCUAUAUCAUGUGAGCAGAAAAAGUUGUACCUUAGACUUAUUCCUAACGUAUUCCUAACGUCCCUAACUAUCGAUUGAGACUUGAAUAAUGUUGGGUUUUAUUGGUGAAUUGACCAUAAAUGUUACCAAACCCUAACCCUGGGUCUAAAGUAACUAAGGUUUACUGUUUCAAUGAAGGUGUUCCGUAUAAACAUAAUGUAAGCAUAUCAUUACAUUAUUCUUUUAUAAAAACGAAAACAGCAAUGUAUUGGUACAUAUAUAAAUAUGUUAUUGUAAAAUUUACCUAAUAACUGAUUAACAAAUCGUUCGGUUUGUUGUUUACAGUAAUAUGAAGUCGAUUAAAAAAAAAAAAUGUUUAAGUUUUCUGGUCUAAUAAAUAACAAUUUAUUAAGUAUUUGAAGAUAAUUCUCUAUUAGAGCUCACUUAUCAUAAUGGUAUCAGUAUAUAUUAAUUCCUGUAUUGUCGAUAUUGAGCUUUAUUAUUGAUUAUCAGUUAUUACUGCCUGUCGAUCGACGAACUGUGUAAAAGUGAAGUGCCACCGUAUAAACACAGAUAAAUUGUUUUUUAAUUUUCUCACUGACUUUAAUAUUGUUUAAGGUAGGUUUAUUCAGGGUAUCAUAUUGUCUUACCACUAACUUCGAUCUAAAGCCUUACGCAUGCCUCAUAACGCACAUUGACGUUAUAAGGAGUUCACUUUGAACAGAUUCCACUUAAUUCAACAUGAGAAACUCGCUGUCGAACCGUACUCUAUAUCAAACUUUAUGCAGGAAGAAAACAUUCACUGCCGAAGUUGAACCGGGAAAAGAAAAGUUGAAACGAGUGUUGAAUUUAUUCGACUUGACUGCCCUGGGAAUUGGUUCCACAUUAGGAUGUGGCGUAUAUGUGUUAGCCGGGACGGUCGCCAAAUCUAUCGCAGGACCUGCAGUGGUAUUGUCUUUCAUCGUAGCGGCUAUUGUCUCGUCGUUUUCAGGAGUUUGUUACGCUGAAUUCGCUGGUCGUGUACCCAAAGCCGGAUCUGCUUAUAUUUACAGUUACGUGACCGUUGGAGAAUUUAUUGCAUUUUUCAUUGGAUGGACUUUGUACAUUGAACACACUAUUGGUACAGCUUCCGUCGCCAAAGCAAUGACCAAUUAUUUAGAUGCUUUACUCGGAGAUCCUCAAAAGAGAUAUUUUAAAAAACAUUUACCAAUGCAUGUGGAUUUUUUGGGCGAAUAUCCAGAUUUUGCAUCUUUCUUAUUCGUCAUGUUUAUUGCUUUAAUUGUGGCUUGGGGUGUCAAGAAAUCUUCAAGCCUCAAUAAAGCGUUUACCUUGUUGAACUUGUUGACAUUGGGUACAGUAGUCGCCAGUGGCUUUUUUUUAGGUAAACUGUCCAAUUGGUUCAUUCCAAAAAGUGAGAUUCCAUCAGGAGUGGAUGGCGGCAACGGAGGGUUUUCACCAUUCGGUUGGAACGGAAUAAUCGCAGGCGCCGCAAGAUGCUUUUACGGGUUUAUUGGAUUCGACUCCAUCGCUACUACCGGUGAAGAGACCAAAAAUCCGAAAAGAACCAUUCCUCUAGCGAUCAUAUUAUCGUUGUUUUGCGUCACGUUGGCAUAUUCUAGCGUAGCGUCGGUGUUAACUCUGAUGUGGCCGUAUUACGAUCAAGACCCGGACGCACCUCUGCCGGUCAUUUACGAGAACAUGGGAAUGCCAAUCAUCAAAUAUAUGGUUACUUGCGGCGCGGUAUUCGCUCUUAUGACGACCUUAUUAGGAUGUUUAUUUCCUAUACCGAGAAUCUUAUAUGCCAUGUCCAGCGACGGUCUUUUGUUCAAGUGCUUAUCGAUGAUCAACGAAAAAACAAAGACUCCUGUUUUGGCAACAAUAAUUAGUGGAAUCGGCACUGGCUUGCUGUCAUCUAUGUUCAAUCUUGAACAACUCGUCGAGAUGACGUCAAUUGGCACUCUCAUUUCGUAUCUGAUAGUGUGCGUCUGCAUUUUGAUACUCAGGUAUAAAAACAACAAUACAGUCAGUCAGGACUUGGACAACUCCGAAGUUCAUAUAAUCUACAAGUGGUGGAAUGCAUCGAACACAGGAGUGACCAACGCGGAUUCCCAAUACGUGUCGAGAGUACUGAUACUCACAUACACAUUUGCUGCGUUUGUGUUUUGCGUUUGUAUGUCAAACGUUGAUUAUUGCGAAGGAACUUUGCAGUUAUUGCUGACUAUCGUAAUCGGGAUUUCGAUCGCAAUCUUGUUGAUUACCCUGUUAAUGUUAUGUAAACUUCCACAAGCUGUCGAGAACCUGUCAUUUAGGGAUUAUUGAUUUAUGCGUUCUACGGGGUUCACAAUAGUUUGGAAGGUUCCAAACAACGAGCAAUGAAAGAUAAAGAACGCAAACAAGAAACAAAAAUCUUUUACUAAUGCGUUGCACGGCAAAAUACAUGCAAUAAAAUAUUAUUUUCAUUUGUAAUUAUAAUAACUGAUGAUUUCGUAUUAUAAUUUAUUUAUAAUUUACAACCAUUUACAGUAUUAAAUCUGAAAAUUGUGUGGCAAUUUUUUUUUUAUGAAUUACUAUAAUUACAAAACUAUGUUAAAACAUUGUGUUGUUGAGAUAACUAUUAUUAUUUUCUCCCACGGCUGUUUUGUAAUACUUUAUUCCAUAAUUCAAAUAUGCCUAUUAUUAUAAUUAUUUACCGAUAA